UUGUCUAUAGAUAAGAUGGCGGGUGAUGAAAGUGACAGUGAUCUAAAGCCAUCCAGUGUCGCGAUCAUAAGAGAAGUGUACGAUAGUGAAAAUGCCCACAUUAAGUUUGAAAUGGUUGAAAGAGCACUUGAGGCCGGUGUGAGCGUUAUUGUGAUAGAACCAGAGCCUCUCGGAGAAGAGACAGCUCGAUGGAUAUAUGUGGGGAACCUCUUGCAUAAGGUUUCUGUUUAUAGCGGACUUUGCGGUAUUGCAUCAGGUUUAAUGUGGAGCUCAUUGGUGUGUGCCCCAUUUGGAAUAGUGUCAAUAUUAUGUUCUGGUUGUUAUACACUAUCAUGGCAAUGGGAUCCUUGCUGCAAAUACCAAGAAGAAAAGGACCGUCGACAUUUAUCAACACUGCCAAUGCUGAGUAAUCUCACAUCUGCAUCACCUGUUGUACUUGUACAUACUGACAAUAAAAAGAAAAUUAUAUUACAUAACACUAUUUCCAUAGCAGCUGCCACUGUUUGCUUAUGGAGACUGUAUAACACAUUUAAAUGAAUAUAAAAAAUUGUUAGAACUAGACAUACUAUUUCCAACUGAAUAUUAGGUGGAUUUAUUAGCAGGGUUAUUUGUGGGAGUUACCUUAACCUGUGAAGAUAGUGAAAAAUAUCCUCUGAGAAUCAUCAGUAUUUCAAACAUAUUAGAAUUGACUUCAAUAAGUCACGAAUACUUUUCUGUCAAAAAUAAAUUAUGAAGAAGCAUCUCAGUUAAAUAUUAUAAUCUACUGCUCAGAGGGAAGAUAUAAAUUAAAUUUAUUUGUACAUGUAAUAUGACUCUCAUGCUCAGAUCUUGGGUGUAUCCCCCCUGGUUGGACAGUGUUAAAGAAGGGAUUGUCCACUGGCUAGAGUGUGGAAUUGCACCUAAUAAAUGGCAAUAUGGAACAUGAUGUCACUGGGGAAAUGCGGGUCUGAUCUGGUACACUAGUAUGAACCUCUGAUAUUCUAAUAAAUAACAAGGAUUCUAGGUUUUACUAUUAAACUAAGAUAUUCUGUAUGUCAAUUGUUCAAACAUAAAAGACAGUACUAGCCCUUUAAGGACAAGCAGAGAAGCACUCAAAUAUAAAUCAAAUAUUUCAAAAUAUAUUCAUACAAGUUUUUAUUCCUCUGAAACAAUAGAUUUCAAUUCCUUGCAACUGCAAUAUUUGUUUUAUUCUUUAUGUAGAAAACAUACUUCCAGAAAUCCUUAGGUGGAAGUGAAGUUUUUGUAAAAUAAGUGAUUUUCGAACAAUUAAAGUAGCUGUCACAUAAGACCCUCUUAAAAUGCCACCCAUAGAGAGAUUCUUAAUGCUUCUAAUAUAUUGUUUUAUAUUAAAAUUUUAAAGAUGUAAUAAAAUAAUUUGUUGUAGGUAGAAGGCAAUGUAUAAAAUGUAAUUAUGUUAUUGACAGUAGAUUUAGAAGUGUACAAAAAUUCUUAUGUAAGAGCUUUUAGUGAAAUUUGACUGUAAUUUGUAGACAAUUCUGUUACAGUGUUGUGCUAGCAGUGACAUGAGUAAUUUACGAUUACAGCCACUGUUACUGCAUAAUAAAAGUAACCAAAUGCAUUGA